GUUAGUAUGUCACUUUUUGAUAGGAUGAACAUUUUUUGUUUAAAGUCGUAGAUGCUGGAAAGUUGAUUUGUUUGGCGGUAAGAACAACAAUGGAACGUUGAAAAAUACUUACUUUGAGAAAUAUGUAAAUGUCCGUCCUUGGAACGCACACUUGCAAGUCUUCCAUACGUUCAUGGGCGUAAGAAUGUAGAAAAGUCUUCAAUAUUUCAUACUUUUUUGUUAGUAUUUGUAAACACAUGUCCGGCAUCAGUAAUAAUUUGUCGGAAUAUUUUUCAUUAGCAGUAGUUUUUUUGUGUUAAAUUAAAAGAUCUCAAGACCUUGAACGUAUUUUUGAAUAAUUCCAAAGCUAAAAAAAAUGUCAGACCCGAAAAUCACAAUCCGCAAAACCGAAAAAGACGAUUUGCAGCAUGUUUUUUCGAUGAUUCAGGAACUCAUCGCGUACCAAAAUGCCACUCCAACCAGUCUUACGCUCGACGAUUUGAUCCGUGAUGGAGGAUUUACCGGCGCUCAUCCCCUUUAUUUCAGCUUUUUUGCGGAAUGUGAUGGAAAACCCGUUGGAUAUACAAUUGCUUUUUACGCCUAUUCGACUUGGGAAGGUCGCUCGUUGCUACUUGAGGAUAUUUAUGUGAAGCCAGAAGCCAGGAAUCAUGGCGUCGGAAGGAAAUUGAUGCAAGCUACGGUGCAAUAUGGGAUCGAACAGGGAUGUAGUCGCUUGGAUUUGCACGUUUUGAAGAGUAAUGAGACAGCGAGGAAGUUCUAUGGAGGCAUCGGCGCGACAAAUCUCACGGAAACUGAGGGUUGGAUGUAUUAUAAUUUUGGAAAGAGUGAAAUGGAGAAAAUCGUUAAAGGAGAAUGAAAGAUUUUAAAUUUAGAAAAAUAAAUAAUUUAAACUUUAAUA